AUGGCACCUAUAGCACGCAAUACCGCCUCCAAUCGUCGACCAAAUGGUCACAUCAACGGGGAGAUGGGCGGUUUUGUCCCACCCCCUUCAACGAUGGCGGCUCAGCUCAUCAGUGACCUUUCGACCAGAGGCAACAACCCCUCGAAAGAGAAGGACCCCGAUGGACUGCAACAGAUGAUGAAUGAAGUGUCGCUAGAAGAGCAGGAGUUAGAAUUGCAGCUCGAGGAGAAUCCUGGCCUCGUCGAGGACCUGGAUGUGAAGUUGGAGCGCAAGCACAAGCUCAUUUACGCUUUCACACGUGCUCUUCUCGAGAAACUCGCCAGCGAUGACCCUUUCAUGGAUCUAGAGGAACGUGUCCAGCAAGGCAAUGAGGCUUUAGAAGUUUACGUGGGAACAAUCAGAGAGUGUCCGCAGCUCCUAGCGUAUGUUUCGCCGCCCGAAAGAACUCUCCCUGGCCGAGGUGCAGAACCUCUGUGCAGCUGGUUGAUCCCCCGGGUACUGGUGCUUCUCGGACGUAAAGGCUGCGAAAAGUUGACCAGCAACAUAAAAGCUCUUUUUGAUGUGUUUUUUCAAAUCAUCCCUCAGCAUCCCAGAUUCUGGUAUUGGGAAUCUGUUCUCUUCGACUAUCUGAAGCGCUGCGUCCAAGUUACAACCAAACAUCUUGAAAGCCCUCGAAUCAUAUCUCAAAACCUACAUGUAAAUAUUGUUGUGCGCCCAAAUCAAGAGGGACUAGGAUCCUCCGACACCCCUCGCAGCUCUCUCCUCACCUCGUCAUAUUCCAUUCUUAGUGCUGCGGAGGGCCUAGCACAUGCAAGCCACCUGCUGUCGAUACUAGCACAUGCAUCUGAGGAAACUGCUGCAUCGUUUGAUGCCACGACAGCAUUCCAGAAUUAUCUGUCGUGGCUAGCAGACUCGUUCCUCCGGAUACAUGAGAUUCGCAAGAGAUGGACUGCGAACCUCGCACUUCACGAAUGUUGCAUGAGGACGGAUGAAAUUUUCUUAAGCUCUAUCAACUCUCUGUUGUCUUCACUGUGGCGGUUCAUCUGGCCAUCUGUUUUGCGCAAAGGUUACACUGUACUCUCGAUCAUCUGCGCAUCCAUGCUCGAGGAACCAAACCAACUUUCCGACGAAGCUCAACAUACUCUUUGCAGUGCGUUGCUCAACAUGGCAGCAAUAUGUAGAGAGUUUAAGUCAAUGCGACAAGUCUUGAUUCUGAAUCUCAUUCCUGCACUUCCCUCAUUCGAAAAUGCAUGCUUGAACUUAGGAAAAGACUUCAAGGCUGCAGGUGCGACCCUGCGUCAAGCUUGCGGCGAUUAUGGACAGCUUGAAAAGGUUGGCGUCGAUGCUCCUGGUUUUGAAAGUCCGAAUCUGCUUGCCGAAUUCUAUAAUCUUGGACUUCAUGAAGUAAAGCCCAAAAAGGUAGAAUCAGGGAAUGAUUCGAAGCCUCAAGUUGAAGAUGGCCCACCGACAAAGCGUCGCAAAAUCAACGAUGAUGUAAAUCUUCUCGGAGAAAUCACGGCAGAUUUGUAUGAGCUUCUAGGUGCGCAGAGAGCCACCGACUUGGGAGGGCUUCAACAGCUUGCAGAGAAAUGCUUCACAUCGCUCGGCGUCGCUGAGCAGUGCCAAGCAAUCGAGUAUCUUGGCCGUAUACCUUGUGGAUUGUCUGGAAACCUGUCACUGAACCGUACAAACGGAAAGAUUGUGGAAUCGAAAUGUCUCAUUUGCGACGGAGAGGAGCUUCAAGAGACUGUUGACGCACAGUACGAUGAAGCAGCAUACUCCGUAAUUGCGACAGAAUCGAUCCAAGUCUUCGUUAGCCUUGUCAAAUCCCAGGCAUUUGCUGAAUCCAGGCGCCCUCGCGUCUUGGCUAUGUUCACCUUGAAGAGAUUCGCGACGCAUUUCAAAAACCCGGAACUCCUCGAUCUUGAGGCAUCGUCCCUUGGUCAAUGGUGCUUGAUGUCCUUGAAAAGCUCCAUCCGAGAGCUCAGGUUGGCAGCAGGCCGUUCGAUUCCCCUCUUUGUACGAGGAGUGUCUACUCCGGGUUCUUUGACGUGGAGAAAUCGGCACAACGUGAUAGGUGUCAUGAGGACCUUUGCACAACAAGGUAGCAACCUGCUGCAUCAAGAGACAACCGUACUUGCAUGGGGUCAGAUCGCAAGUUUUGUGAAAGACCACGACCUGAAUGUUCUCCUUCUCGCGCUUGUUGAAUAUUUGGGGCACAGUAAUCAAAUCGUUUCGGGGACCGCUUUUAGUGAAAUUUUGAGGCUUGCAAAGCAAAGUGGAAUUACCGUAGAGAGGCUUUUCGGUCCUUUCUGGAGCAGCAUUGCAACCGUGGCUGUGAAAGACCUCCUCGUCAAACCACAGACCACCCAACUCAUGGCCGAUCUGCUCGGAACUUCAGUUGCUGACUUUCUUGUACUUACCCAGUCAUAUACGCUACCGUUUCUGGUCUUGAAUGGCAAAGUCGACGUAAUCAAGAGAAUCAGCGAGGCACGCCAAGACCCCGAUAACUGGGCUAUAUGUCUUGACCCUUCGAAUCUUGCUCCUAUUUUGGCACUUCUUCUCGUUCAAGAUGUGCCAAAUCUGGACUCCUUUGUCAUGAGUCUGUUCAGACGCGUUUCGAGCGAUUUUAAAGACCACGAACUGGUCGAUUUGUUGAAGAUGGAACCUAUGUAUGAAGCUUUGUAUCUUCUAAAGGCUGUUGGGGAAGCCGAUGAGAGCAGAAAAUCUAGGAUCCGAGUGGCCCUCAAAUUUUUGGCAACUCGAGUUAAUGAGAGCAAUAACUCAAAGAAGUCCAAUUCCAUGGGAGCUUUCUUAAACCAGCACAUUCUGGGCCUUGUAACCCGCCUUGUUGAAGCUGUCAAUGGUACUCGGGACGAUUGGAUGCUUAUGGAAAGAGAAAGAUCUAUCAAAGCUAUGGAAGAGCUUGUAAAGCUCGCAAAGACAGAAGCAAGAGCUGCGCGCCCUCAGCUUUGCGCUUGUCUGCAAACCGCGUUCUCACAGCCAGAGUUACAAUCUUCCGCGUUUUCCGCUUGGGAAACGAUACUGCGCAACUUGGGUGAUGAAGAUGUGGAGGCAAUGCUCGAAAGCACAUUUUCGAUUGUUAUCCAACAUUGGGAAAGUUUCAACGAGACAACUCAGGAUCGUGCCGAAGGCGCUCUUCAAUAUCUUCUCAAGUCCAGAACUCGCCUUAUUCGCAACAUGAUAGUCAAUCUUCCCUCGCUGGCAGCUUUCCCUAGAUUAGCAGACGUGGAAAGACAAAUCAGCAAGUUAAGGGUGCCAACCGACACUGGAAAUGCCUUUCAAAUCUUCCGUCGCAGGCUUGGCCAUGAAAAUCCAGGAGUUGUGGCGCAAACACUUGUCGAACUAAAGGCAUUUCUGAAAAGCAACCAGUCUUUCCUUCAAGCCUCGGCCGUUAGUGAGCAACCAGAUAUCGUCGUUGGUCAGCUUAUACGUUCCAUACUUGACACUUGUGUUAAGUAUAGUGAAUGGCAGAACGACAUCGCUGCGCUGUCAGCGGAAUGUAUUGGCCUCAUUGGUUGCAUAGACUCCAACAGGGUGGAAUCUGCUCGGGAUCGCCGUGAAAUGGUUGUAGUGAGCAAUUUUCACGAACAUGGGGAAACUACAGAUUUUGUUCUUUACAUCAUGGAAGAAGUCAUUGUACCAGCAUUCUUAUCUGCUGAGGACACCUCGCUUCAAGGAUUCUUCUCGUAUGUGAUGCAAGAACUUCUUGACAGGUGCAACUUUAGGGCUGUCAUCGGGGACAUCUUGAGGAAAGGUGAAAAGAACAGCACUAACGACCUAUGGCUGAAAUGGAUCUCACUGUCGCCAGGGGUGCAAGAUGUUUUGACUCCAUUCCUGAGUUCAAAAUACGGGUUAGCUGAUAUGGAAAUGCCGAAAUUGGAAUAUCCGAUAUUCCGACCAGACAGAAUGCCGCCUAAGCUAUACAACGCAUGGCUCAGAAGCUUCUCUCUGGAUCUUUUGCAGAAGCCUUUCCAAUUCUCUACGAACCUCAUUUUCCCGCCUCUGUGUCGGGCAAUCAGAAUCAAAGAUGUGUCGGUAGCCAGCUUUAUCUUGCCUUACCUGGCUCUCCAUGUUGUCGUUGAUGGUAGAGAUUCCCACCGAGCACAAAUCGGGAACGAAUUACUCUCAAUCCUCAAGUUCGAAGCAUCCACAGAGCCUGAAGGCAGAAGACAGGAUUUGAAAUUGUGUAUCGAGGCGGUUUUCCGCAUCCUAGACUACUUUGCUCGAUGGAUGCAGGAGAAGCAGAUCAAGGCAGCGUCUUCUAGGGGACAGAUAUCUGCAGAUGCGGAGCGCGACAUUCAGCAUGUAAAAUCAGUCGUCGCUAGCAUUCCCCCCGAGCUUAUAUCUCGCCGAGCCAUAGAGUGCAAGUCAUAUCCUCGAGCGUUGUUCUACUGGGAACAGCAUAUUAGAGAUGUAAGAGAAAAAGAAAAAGAAACAGCGACCGGCGCCACGGCUACCACUCCACAGCUGCAGCGGCUGCAGGAGAUUUACAGCCAGAUCGAUGAGCCAGACGGCAUUGAGGGUAUCUCUGCCCACCUUCAUGUCUUAGAUAUCGAUCAACAAAUUCUUGGGCAUCGCAAGGCGGGUCGGUGGACAGCAGCCCAGAGUUGGUAUGAAAUUCAGCUUGCAGAGAGGCCGGAGGAUGUUGAAGUUCAGUUGAAUCUUCUGACUUGUCUAAAAGAAUCUGGACAGCAUGACGUGCUCCUCAAUUAUGUUGAGGGAAUGCACACAGCGGCACAGACCGUCUCCAAGCUUCUCCCGUUCGCAGCCGAGGCGUCAUGGGCAACUGGAAGAUGGGCCACACUUGCAAAAUAUACAUCUAUGGCACCACCAGGUAUAGGCGAAGACUUCAAUGUCAAUGUUGGUCGUGCCCUUCUUGCUUUACAGAAGUCAGACGAGGAUCUAUUCAUAUCCAGCGUCAAAUCGCUUCGUGAUCGUAUUGCACGGUCUUUGUCAAUAGCAACAACCUCUUCUCUCGGUGCUUGUCAUGACACGAUGCUAAAGUUGCACGUGCUCACGGAACUGGAGAUGAUUGCAGGUACCGACCAAGCAAGCAAUGAAAAUCUGUCUGGUAUUCUCGAAUCACUCAAUCGGAGACUGGAAGUCAUUGGAGCUUUCCUAAACGAUAAGCAGUAUCUGCUUGGAAUAAGACGAGCUGCUAUGCAGUUGUCACGAUUGGAUUUUGGAGAGCGCAACAUUGCUUCAGCAUGGCUAACCAGUGCGCGACUAGCACGGAAAGGAAACGCAAUUCAUCAAUCGUUCAAUGCUGUGCUGCAUGCAUCACAGCUAGGGGACGAAUCGGCAACCAUAGAACACGCUCGACUUCUGUGGAAGGAAGGACAUCAUCGAAAAGCAAUUCAAAGUCUGCAAGGAGCCAUUGAGAACAAUGCUUUCAUAUCUCACAACAAAACUUUCCAAGCCACAAGUUUCACUGGUGCAGAAAAGCCAGAUCAGCAGAAUCUCUUAACUGCAAGAGCACAUUUGCUGUACGCGAAAUGGCUGGAUAGCGCCGGACAAACGCAUUCCUCAGCUCUGCGAACUCAGUAUCAACUGGCGGCCAAGACCCAUGUGGCUUGGGAGAAAGGUCACUACUAUCUCGGUCGUCAUUACAAUAAACUGCUCGAGUCCGAGAAAUCUCUCCCUCCAGAGCAACAGAACGAAGCCCUCCUGACUGGGGAAACAGCAAAACUGGUUAUCGAGAAUUACUUUCGUGCUUUGUCCUAUGGGACAAAGUAUAUCUACCAGACAUUGCCUCGCAUCUUGACGCUUUGGUUGGAUCUAGGCACACAGGUGCAACAGCCUGUGGAAGCGAAAUACGGCAGUACCAAGGAGUUUAUCAGUAGAAUCACCAACCAGCGCAAAGCGAAUCUCGAUAAUGUGCAUCUACGUUUUAAGAAGUAUACUCAGAAGCUACCAGCCUACAUGUUUUACACGGCCUUGCCACAGAUCGUUGCUCGUAUUGCCCAUUCCAAUGUCGAGGUCUACAGAUAUCUACAGCAGAUGAUAUACAAUGUCGUGCAAACCUAUCCACAACAAGCAUUGUGGGGCUUACUUGCAGUGUGCACCUCAAAUCAGUCGGAUCGUAAAGCUCGAGGAUCAACGAUUCUGCAAAAUCUAGCAUCUCCAAAAUCCCAAGCCGGACCUUGGGGAGACAUCAGGCCCAUGAUCAGAAACGGCCAAAAAAUAACAGAACAGCUUCUAUGGGCAUGCAAUGCUGGGGAGUUUCAAGGCAAUCGAACAAUAUGGGCAAGCUUGACCAAGGACCUUAGCUUCAACCCAAAGGUCUGCAUGCCCAGUCUAUUGGCUGUGCCGGCUGAGAGUGUCUUGACAGCAACUCUUCCAACACUCACCAACAACUUGAAGGCUCACAAAGCUUUUUCCCGAGACAUCGUAACGAUAGCAUCCUUUUUGGACGAGGUCAUGAUCCUCAGUUCACUCCAAAAGCCUCGAAAGCUGACUGCUCGUGGGUCGGAUGGCAGAAAUUAUGGGCUCAUGUGCAAGCCCAAAGACGAUCUUCGCAAAGAUCAACGUUUGAUGGAGUUUAACAGCAUGAUUAAUAGGUCGUUGAAGCGUGAUGCUGACUCCAGUAGGCGGCAGCUUUACAUUAAGACCUACGCUGUCACUCCCCUGAACGAAGAGUGUGGAAUUAUUGAGUGGGUCGACGGCUUAAAGACUCUCAGAGACAUUCUCCUUGGUCUCUAUAAGGGCAUCGGUGUGGCACCAAAUUACAAUGAGAUUGCACUCUACUGCGAAGAAGCAGCCAAGUCGGUUGACAAACUCCCAUUCUUCACGGAGAAAGUUUUAGGUAAUUUCCCGCCAAUAUUUCAUCGAUGGUUCGUGGCACAGUUCCCAGAACCGUCUACGUGGUUUGCUGCACGCCUUCGGUACACCAGAUCCUGUGCUGUCAUGUCGAUGGUAGGUACCAUCCUUGGGUUGGGAGACCGCCACGGCGAGAACAUUCUUUUCGAAGAAGGCAAUGGUGGAACAUUCCACGUCGACUUCAAUUGCCUCUUCGACAAAGGUCUUACAUUCGUCAAGCCAGAACGUGUGCCUUUCCGCCUGACGCACAACAUGAUUGAUGCCAUGGGGAUGUAUGGCUAUGAGGGUCCAUUCCGGAAGUCCUCUGAGCUUACACUCAAGCUUCUGCGACAGCAUGAGGAGACAUUGAUGACGAUUCUCGAGGCUUUUGUAUAUGAUCCGACGCUUGAUCUCCUGGCCAGAGAUCCAAAGAAGAAGAAAAAAGAGGGAUCCGCUGUACAACAGACUGCGCAAGGAGUGUUGGAUACUAUUCAACGCAAGGUUCGCGGAUUGCUAGCGGGAGAAAGUGUUCCUUUAGGAGUGGAGGGACAGGUCGAUGAGUUGAUUAAGCAGGCAACUAACCAGACGUAUUUGGCGAGUAUGUAUAUUGGAUGGUGCGCAUUCUUCUAG